GCCCUCCCUGUAAUACUAUAUCAUCUCUAAUGGUUCUGUGUUCUCUUCAGGUGCUCUGAUUGCUCAGGAUCGGAUACUACAGCUCAUGCCCAACGUGACACUAGCAAUGCAUCUUCUCAACGAGCGAUACAGCACCAACUCAUUCUGGAAGCCGUAUAUAGACUCUCUCCCCCACGAAUACACCACACCAUUCUUUUAUCACAAAGAUGAUCUAAAGGAGCUGCAGAGUUCACCUUGUCUCGUCAAGGCGAUUGUGCAGAUACGAAAUGUCUCCAAGCUGUAUGCUCACUUACACCGCCUCGUCAGAACAACGUGUGACCCCUCCCUCCCACUCUUUGAGGCUGGCUUCUUCCUGGAUGACUUUCUAUGGGCUGUGUCUGCCGUCAUGUCUCGACAAAACGAAAUCCCCGAGAAAGCAGACGGUUCCAAUAACGUACUAGCCCUGAUUCCACUCUGGGACCUGUGUAACCAUACCGAGGGUCACAUGUCAACAUUCUACAAUCUGGAGGAGGGGACGUGUGAUUGUUAUGCGCUCGAGGACACGCCCACUGGGGAGGAGUUCCUCAUAUUCUACGGCUCAAGAGCAAAUUAUGACUUGCUGAUUCAUCAGGGCUUCGUGUUCAUGAGGAACAAAUCAGAUGCUCUACAGAUAAGAUUAGGCCUGAGCACGGAUGACCCUCACUAUGAUGGGAGGAAGAAGAUACUAGAGAAACUGAACAUACCAGUAGGAGGAGAGUUCAGUGUGUACUGUAUGGAGUGUCCAUUUUCUCAGUCGCUGGUGGCCUUCACUCGAGUGUUCACAGCCACAGCAGAGGAACUGGAGGGUCUCCUCAUUAUGGACCAGGAGCAGCUAACAGGGACACUCUUCAAUGAUCGAUGGAGUGGAGAUAAUAGAGUACUGAGCUUUCUACUAAUAAGAUGCCAAAUCCUGUUACGGAGCUACACAACCAGUCUAGACCAAGAUGCCCCCCUCCUCGACAAGCUACACACCUUCACACCUUACACACAACUGGCCAUUCAAAUAAGAAUCUGUGAGAAGAGAAUACUACACAAUGCCGUGGCCUACGCCAGAAGAGUGGGGCAACAACUAGAAGCCCUAAAAGUCACUCAGGAGGCAGGAAAAGAAGAUGAGCUGAAGACGUUAGAAGGUCGUGUUGUACCCGCCUCUGUGGAUAGAGUGGGCAUGAGUGAGUCUGGCUUUGUGGGGGGUAUGCUACCAAGUAACGCGGGGGCGGAAUCGUCAACUAAUUGUCAACAAGACAGCAACGAAGCGACCAAUCACCUCACAGCUGUUUCAGAUGGUACAAGUGUGACUAGUGAUUCAGAGGUGCCUCAGCAAGACACUGCAAUCGUGGCUGAGGAGUUGCCAUAGUAACAGGGACACACUGGGGAUGGAGGAGUUGGUCGUGACUGAUAAAGGAAACAAUUAGAACUUUAUAUAUCUUAUUGACUAACGGUCAAUUAAUAAUAAUUUCCGUUGCAUUUAUUUUCAUGGAUGCAAACAGUCAGUCAUUAUUAUGUUCUCCCAAUAAUUGUGCAGCAAAUUGUUAACUUUUUCAUGA